AUGGAACAAUCUAAAUUCUAUACGUUUGCUUUUUUAAAACAUUUCUAUCUAGAAAUUGACAUUGAACGCUGUGUAAGAGAAUCAAUCAACCUGUUUUGUUGGACUCCUAAAAGUGCUACUUACAGACAGCAUGCUCAGCCUCCAAAGCCAACUUCUGACAGCAUUGGAGUCAGAAGUUCAGCUCCUUAUUUCUCUUCUGAGUGUCCAGAUUCUCCAAAGACAGAUCUGUCAAGAGAAUCCAUCCCAUUAAAUGACCUAAAAUCAGAAGUAUCACCACGGAUUUCAGCAGAGGACCUGAUUGACUUGUGUGAGCUCACAGUGACAGGCCACUUCAAAACACCUACCAAGAAAACAAAGUCCAGUAAACCAAAGCUCCUGGUGGUUGACAUCCGGAAUAGUGAAGACUUUAUUCGUGGUCACAUUUCAGGAAGCAUCAACAUUCCAUUUAGUGCUGCAUUCACUGCAGAAGGGGAGCUUGCCCAGGGCCCUUAUACUGCUAUGCUCCAGAACUUCAAAGGGAAGGUCAUUGUCAUCGUGGGGCAUGUGGCAAAGCACACUGCUGAGUUUGCAGCCCACCUUGUGAAAAUGAAAUAUCCAAGAAUCUGUAUUCUAGAUGGUGGUAUUAAUAAAAUCAAGCCAACAGGCCUCCUCACCGUCCCAUCUCCUCAAAUAUGAAGAACCAACAGUGUGACUGCCAAAGGUCAACGUUGCAUCAGCACCAACAGCACAGUUCUUCAUAUCCAUGCCACUCUCAGACAAAACUAGAUGUCCAGAUUGUUGCAUUUCCAUAAAGUUUGUCACGAUACAUUUUUAAAAAAUCUCAUAACCUACAUGUUCAGCUAUCCAGGGAAGAAACUUGACUGUACAUGUAUUGCUGAAGAAUUUUAACAGUGAAAUCUGAUCAUGUAUUUUUACCACACUACCACAUAAAACCCAAGGAAUUCAGCUGACAAGACAGAUAUAGCAUUAUCAAUAAAUCCCAGUUGCCCUGAAAAAGCUGUCCUCCAUGGUACCGAACAGACAGUUCUACUGAUUGUAUUAUUUAGAAACACUUUGAAUGUGGGCUGAAAUCAUCAUCUUUACCUGAUAAUGAAAAUUGAGAAACUAUUCACAAUGCAUUCCUGAUAAAUAAAUGCUACAUUUAGUAACUUAUUUCACCCA